UCGUGCCUCCCACUGGGCUGGAGUGGCUGGGGCCAGUGGAGAAUUACCAAGCCUGUCACUCUCUCGGUCUCUCCAGCCCCCAGAGCUAGCCUUCCUUGUUUACUUACUUAGAGCCCAGCAGAGGAAGUGGUAAAGGAAACUUGCUGAGUCGUUUUCUGAGAAGAGACCAUAUUUGUUCGUGGAGGAAGCCGUUGCUUUCUGGGAUCUAGUUACAGCAGAAAAGACAUCUGCUCUAACAAGGGUGUUCCAGAGGGUGACUGGGAGUUGGAAGAGCCAAGGACGCUUCCACGCUUUUCCACAGAUUUGAGGAUCUCGGUCAAUGGGUGCAGCACUGGGGCUCAGCUGGUGAGCUUCGCCCGGGAGAGCAGCCAUGGCGUUGAAGAACGUGCCCUUUCGCUCCGAGGUCCUAGCCUGGGACUCCGACAGCCUUGCAGACUAUUUCAAGAAGCUGAACUACAAGGACUGCGAAAAGGCAGUGAAAAAGCAUCACAUCGACGGGCCACGGUUUUUGAAUCUGACAGAAAAUGACAUCCAGAAGUUCCCUAAGCUCCGGGUGCCGAUUCUCAGUAAGUUAAGUCAAGAAAUCAACAAGAACGAAGAGAGGAGGAGCAUUUUCACACGCAAACCCCAAGUCCAGCGGUUUCCUGAAGAGACAGAGAGCCAUGAAGAAGACAAUGGGGGCUGGUCGUCCUUUGAAGAAGAUGACUAUGAAAGUCCCAAUGACGAUCAGGAUGGGGAGGAUGACGGUGACUAUGAGUCCCCCAAUGAGGAGGACGAGGCGCCUGUGGAAGACGAUGCCGACUAUGAGCCACCACCCUCCAACGACGAGGAAGCUCUGCAGAACUCCAUCCUGCCCGCCAAGCCUUUCUCCAACUCCAACUCCAUGUACAUCGACCGGCCCCCCUCCGGGAAGGCCCCGCAGCAGCCGCCAGUGCCCCCGCAGAGGCCGAUGGCCGCCCUCCCACCGCCCCUCGCCGGCCGGAGUCACGCGCAGCCACUGCCGCCACCCCAGCCCAACCACGAUGAGCCUAGCAGAAGUAGAAACCACAAAACAGCAAAGCUCCCUGCUCCUUCGAUAGACAGAAGCACGAAACCUCCCCUAGACCGUUCGUUAGCCCCGUUUGACAGAGAGCCCUUCACACUAGGAAAGAAACCGGCACUUUCUGAGAAGCCCUUGGCCCUGGCAGGAAGGCCUCUCGGGGAGCAUUUACCCAAGAUACAAAAGCCUCCUUUACCACCAACCGCGGAAAGACACGACAGAAGUAGCCCCCUGCUAGCGAAGAAGCCACCUGUGCCAAAGCAUGGAUGGGGACCAGACAGAAGAGAGAAUGAUGAAGAUGAUGUGCAUCAGAGACCUUUGCCCCAGCCGGCACUGCUCCCCAUGAGCUCCAACACUUUUCCUUCAAGAUCUGCCAAGCCAUCACCCAAGCACUCCCUCCCAUCAUCUCACAUGCCCGGAGCAUUCUCAGAAAGUAACAGCAGUUUUCCGCAGAGCGCCUCCCUGCCGCCAUACUUCUCUCAAGGUCCUAGCAACAGACCACCACCCAGAGCUGAAGGCAGGAACUUUUCCUUGCCAGUUCCAAACAAACCUCGGCCACCAUCCCCCGGAGAAGAAGAGAAUUCAUUAAAUGAAGAGUGGUACGUUUCUUAUAUUACCCGACCAGAGGCAGAAGCUGCUCUCAGAAGGAUAAACCAGGAUGGCACUUUUCUGGUUAGAGACAGCUCUAAAAAAACAAUAACCAAUCCGUAUGUCCUCAUGGUGUUGUACAAAGAUAAAGUCUACAACAUCCAGAUCCGUUAUCAGGAGGAAAACCAAGUUUACUUGUUGGGAACUGGACUCCGAGGGAAAGAGGACUUUUUGUCUGUGUCAGAUAUUAUCGACUACUUCAGGAAAAUGCCACUUCUGCUCAUUGAUGGGAAAAACCGAGGCUCCAGAUACCAGUGCACAUUAACGCACGCUGCAGGUUAUCCCUAGCAAGUUAGCCAAGCAAAUGAACCUUCCUCUUGCCUCUGUUGCCAGCAUGGGAAGAUCAGUCACCCUUGGCAAAUGGACAAACACCUAGGACUGAAUCAAACUCUUCAACAUGAACACAAGGGUUUUGUCCUUUUGCUUAAAAAUGUGUUUGAAAUGAAGACUGUCAAAUAUCCCAUAAUUUAUUUAUUCUUCUUCACUGUUUGUAAAGUGCAUGAGCAAUAAUGUUCACACAGUCUAAGAGUGCACUGUAAUAAGUCAUAUCAAAUAUAUGUAUUUUUGAAUACCCAUUUCAAAGUACAGUAGCUUACACAGCUAAAGAAAUAUUUUGGGGAAAGUAUAAAAACACUUAAUAACAGUUUUUGCUAUCACAUAAAACUGAAUUUUUUUAAUAGCCAAACCUUUGUCAGUCAGAGGCAAUCAUCAGUUUUAUACAUAUAAUUUGAAAAUUACUAAAAUUCACUUUCUCAGCAGAAUUUAAGAGGCUUUAACGAUAUUUCAUCUUUUAUUUGGUGUUUUUUGCUAGGGGGAUUUUUGUGUACUUUUUUAUGAAAAGAUAAUGCAUGUUGGGAUAACUUCCUGGGAUUAAAAUUAAUUUGCCUUUUGCUUUA